AUGACUCGUACUGGCUUUGACUUCCCAGCAUUGCUUCCUCGCUUGAUAUAUCCUGAAUUUGAAUUGGCACCUGAUGAGCCUACUUACGAUCCUGAUAUACAUUUGUCUCUGACUGAACCUGAUUUUGCCGUUCUACUCGACGGUUUUCGACGCGUUUCCAGGGCACCUAAACUUGAUCAGCCUAUAGCACCUAACGGGGAUAGUCAACUGGCCUACACCGGCCCAUUUCGGCUUCUGAGUGAUGAAGGCUAUCGAGUUCUGCGUAAAAUCAUUCAACGUGAACUUCAGCAUGAAAUGGGUGAUGAGCGUCAGCCGGCUUAUGUUUGUUACAAUGGCUAUCGCAGCAAAUGGAUUCAAGAUUUCAAUCGGUGUCCACAUGUUCUCGAACAUCUGUCACGCAUGACUGGAGAUGUUCAGCUCCUUCCAACGGCACUUCAGUCUACUUAUAGUCAUAUCAAUAUCGGUCGUGCGACCAAAAAAAAUAUUGAUGCCUGGCACUGCGAUAGUGUGCCCUAUGUUCUCAUUCUGCUUGCCUCCGAUAUGAAUCAAACGGUCGGCGGUGAACUUCAGCUUAUCGAACGCGAACCCAAAGAAGCCUUUCGUCUCAUUGACAAAUAUAAGGGUCAAGUGCCAAAAGAUUUGAUUCGACCAAUCGACUAUCUUGGUCCGAAUUCAUGUGUGUUCAUGCAAGGUAGCCAUAUAUCACAUCGAGUCACCGGUAUUCAAUCUUGUUCAGAGCUUCGUUUCACUGUUGUUAAUUCUUAUGUAUCAACGAAUCCUUUUGCAGAAGAAUAUACACGAUAUGACACAUUUCGAAAUGAGGUUACAGCCGAUUUGGAAUUUGCAAUGCACAAGACAUGGCGUGCAAACGCUCAAAUGCUGGAUCUAGCCGUUAACGGUCAUCCAUGGCCAACACGCCAACAAAUAGUCGAUCAUCUCACAAUGGCUAUUAACGAAUUGACCCAGUGCCGUGAUCUACUUCUAGGCAUCAAAUCUGAUCGAUUGGGUUAUUAUGACGAAAAGAAACAAACGAUGGGCAGCUAUGAUAUACCUCCAUCCAAAUCCGAUAAGAAUGACCAAUCAAAUCAUUGUUAA